CGGUUUAGAGUUUUAGGUCUGCAUGUAAUUAACAUGUUAUUAUCGAAGGUGCUUAGAUAUUGAUCCUGUCAUUCGUGCAGUUACAAAUUCGCGCCUUGGACCUUCAGAUUCACCAGAUCUAUUUGCUUGGUCGGAAAGUUGAUCUCAAGAAAAAUGCCUAAGAGAAAGUCUCCAGAGGUUGCUGAAGGCAAAGAUGCCUCCAAAGUCACAAAGCAGGAGCCCAUCAGACGGUCAGAGAGGUUGUCAUCGAAAACGGCACCAUCCAAGCCAGAGAUGAAGCCCAAGAAGGCUAUCUCCAAGCCUGUGGAGGACAAAGGAUUGAAGAGCAAGAAGGGCGGAGCCAAGGGGAAGAAGGAUGAGGGUCCCACCCAGAAUGGAGGGAAUAAGACCGAUGAGAUCUGUGUGUCUCGCUCGUCUGUGUGCGUGUCGUCCAGGAGAAGCGCAGGCCCUUCCUCGAUGUCAGUCAGAGGGCAGAGUGAGACGGUCCGAGUCAAGGGAAACUGAAACCGUGGAGACGGCCCCCGAGGAAAAGGCAUGAGGAAAGGGGCGUGUCGUGCUGACCCCUCAACUCAUUGGCAGCAUAAGCAUCUUUUUUUACUGAGGAUUUUGUAACAUGCUGAAUUUUUAAACGGGUGAUAGACAGAAUGAUAACCAGCACCCCAUGUCCAGACACCUCCUUCAGUUCCCUGUUCUCCUUCCUUCCUCUCCGUUCUGUUGUACCACACGCCCCGCUCCGCCCCCCCCCCCCCCCC